AUGAAUUAUAUAAGGAUAAAAUUCCCCAACCUUCCAGGAAGACUCAAGCAUCCUCAAUAUCUUAAGAAGAGAAGCUAUAACACAAAAAUUUCAAAUCGCCAUUCACCUAGCCGCCAUCUCCCCGGCCAGAGGCCAGCCUUUAAGCUCCAGACCCGCCCAACCCCAAAGCCAGGACCAGACAAACUCCUAAUAGCUGUCAAAUCCGUAGCCCUAAACCCAGCAGAUGCUUAUAUGCGUGACCAAGGUCUCUUCAUACCCAUGUACCCAAUGGUCAUUGGCUUCGACAUGGCGGGGUUAGUCCGUGAGGUCGGCAACAAUGUCCCCAAGAGCAAUACCUCAUCCUCUGACAGCAUGCUGUACUUGUUCCAGACGAUAGUUGUGGAUGCUAUCAUUUCGGCGGCCAGAGCAGACGGGUUAGUGAUCCGGCAUUGUUUUCUUGCUAUUGAGCAGCUGGCGUCUUGUGAGACUGUGCUUUAG